UCGUAGCUGGAUAAACAUUUAUACAAACGAAUUGAAUCCACAUAACAUUGAAGAAGAGGCGCCACCUACAUCAUGAAUGAUUUUGGAAGCUACCCUCCGCCGAACUUUGUCUCUCCUCCUCCGGGUUCGAUGGUGAGUCCGCCAACGUUCCUUCCACCUCCGAGCAACUUCCAGCCCGGUAUGUGGAACUGGUACGAGCCACCGUCCGAGCCGUGGAGAUACAACGGCCAGGGAGAACACUGGAACUGCGGCCCCGGACCAGGUCGACCCAGAGGCUCAUAUGGCCAGAACUUCCAUCGUGGACACGGAGGCGGAAGGCAGGACUAUGGUCGUCCCAACAACCGUGGGAAAAAGCAGAAAAAUAAAAAAGAACCAGAGUUUUCACAUUUCUGUGACCCGUGUGACCGAGGCUUCAAAAACCAAGACAAGUAUGACCAACAUGUCUCUGAACAUGUCAAGUGCUCAGUUGAAGACUGCAGCUUCACUGCUCAUGAGAAGCUGGUCAACAUUCACUGGAAAAAUAACCAUGCCCCAGGGGCAAAGAGAAUCAAGCUGGACACUCCAGAGGAGAUUUCAAAAUGGAGAGAGGAGAGGUGCAGGAACUACCCGACCCUGGUGAACGUGGAGAAGAGGAGGAAGGUGAUGGAUGCCAGGGAGGAGACUGGAGUGGUGCUGGAAACCGCUCAGUUUGGGAGGAUGAGGGGUAGAGGUUGUGGACAGCGUGGUGGAAGGUUCCAGAGGGGCAGAUGGGCCAGACCAGGUCCUCGUCAGUCAGAGAGACCGCCACACCCCACUCAACCCCCCAUGGAGAGGCCUCCACCCCUCACUCAGUACCCCAGGGAGGGAGACCCACUGGGGGCUCUUGCCAACAGCGACCCAGACUCUGAUACAGAGGAGCCAGUCAGUGGAGGUGGGGUGACUGUGGCCCCUAAACAAAUGACAUACACGUUGAGAUGUAAAGUUAGUGGUGUCUCAGUCCUGCCCAUCCAGAGGACCAGUCAGCUGCUGAAGGAGAACCAGGCAAUGCUGAAGGCUCUGCCAGCCAAGCCCCAGAACAGUGCUUCAUCUGGGGCUAAGAGGCUCUACCCUGAGCCCCCCCGGGAACCACAGCCUGGUUCUGGUCCUCAUAGACCUAGUCGGGGGAGAGGAAGAGGAGCGAGAGGAGGACGAAACAACAUGGACACCCCCCAACAGCGCCGCGCCACUCUGCUUGAGAUGUUACUGGCCCCAGACAUCCGCCAUGAGAGGAACGUGCUCCUGCAGUGUGUUCGCUACAUUGUCCGAAACAACUUCUUUGUACUGGAGGGUCAAACUCAGGACCAGCAGAGAACUCUGGGUAGAACGGUGACCGCAGAUGACCCUAACCUUGACCUCCAGACACAGGAAGUGAGAGCAGAUGAUCUGAGGGCUCUACUCCCAGCUACCUCUGUGGUUGGUCCAGAUGAAAAAGGUGACCAGGUGAGGUCAUCACUAGAAGGUACCCAGAAACCACCAGUCUGUCAGGGACCUUCAGAGGUGGACAUUUUGAAUGGUGAAGAUGUUCAUCCUGAGGAGAUGCCAGGUGCAGCCUCUAACGCUGAUGUCAUAACUCAGCUGAACUCUAACCCUGAGGUCCUGGGGACUGUGACUGAGCAGUCUGUAGCCCAACAAGUGGGAGAAGACCAGAGCAUGGAGGAGAACACACAGAGUGGACCAGCAGGCUCACAGUCACAUCCCCUCCAGGAAACCCCAAUGGACUUGGCUGUGAAUGCUAAUUAUGGAGAUAGUCACCCUGAAGACCACUCCCAGACCUCCAUCCCCAACUAUGAUGAUGAAGUCUGGGAGACCCAAGACCCCUGAAGUCACCCUGACCCUUCAAUCAAGACUAUCACCCUUCAAUCAAGACUGUCACCCUAACCCUUAAAUCAAGACUGUCACCCUAACCCUUCAAUCAAGACUAUCACCCUUAAAUCAAGACUGUCACCCUAAAAGCAGAUUUAUUCUUGAUCCAGAAAUGUGGUCCGGAGGCUCCGUACAGUUGCGUAGCCUCCGGAGGCUUGCAGAGGCCAACUCAAGCUCCGCAUUGCCGUGCACCUCCAAAUGUUGUAACCAUGCAGAGCUCUGUAUAGCUCCGUUUUUGACAUAAUUGGAUGACUGUAGUUGGGGGCGGGACUUCCUGUAUAAACACAAAAUUCCUUCCUUCACAACAGCUCUGAAGUUUGAAUGCCCUGACUUCUGUAGAGGCCGUAUCGGAGUGGCCAUGCAGAGCCUUUAACCCUUAAAAUCAAAACAGUCCCCUUGACCUUUCAUCUUGUCUCUGAUGUUGGCGAGUUAUUUCUCUACAGUCAGUUGAUGUUUUCAUCUGAACAUCAACUACCUCUGGCAUUUUAUUUGUACUCUUCUUUUUUCAACAUGGAAAUAAAUGACUUGUUCUACUGUGGGAAUAUAACCCAGGAAAUCGAUAGUUCUUGGACCAUCUUUGUCCUUUUUCAAAUUAAAUGUAUUUGUCACAUGCUCGUGUUUAGCAGAUGUUAUUGCGGGUGUAGCGAAAUGCAUGUAAGCUAUGUAUCAGUCUUAUGGCAUGUGGAAGCUGUUCAGGAGCCUGUUGGUGUCAGACUUGAUACAACGGUACCACUUGCCCCGCGGAAGUAGAGACAAGUCUAUGGCUUAGGUGGUUAUAACGGUUCUGGAUGGCAGGGAGCUGGGCCUUUGUUAAGAACUACUUUUGGGGACCUUGUUAACAUUACAACAUGAACUCCGUGUCUUAAACGUUGCUACGUUUUGUAAAUAGCGAAGAAAACGUGUAAUCUGCUUGACCAUAUUAAAGUUCCUUAUCUCACA